GUACUGGGCUAAUUUGAAACUAUGGUUUAAGCAAAAGAUCAGCAAAGAAGAGUUUGAUUUGGAAGCUCGGAGGCUGCUCACUCAAGACAAUGUUCAUUUUCACAAUGACUUCUUGCUAGCUAUUCUUACGCGAUGCCAAAUCUUGGUUUCUGCACCAGCACCGGUUCCAACCCCAGAAUCCCUUGUCUGGAGCACAGCAGUUUGUGGCGAAAGAUCCCCAAGAAGAUGAUGACUUGAAGCUUUGUUCACAUACAAUGAUGCUUCCCACUUGGGGCCAGCUCGAGGGAAGGAUGAUUGUCACUGCUUUUGAGCACGGCUUGGAUAAUGUCACGGAAGAAGCAGUUACAGUUGUUGUCUAUGCUGUAGAGAAGCAUCUUAAAGAUAUCCUUACUUCUGUAAUAUCAAGAAGAAAGGCUUACCGUGUGAGGGACGGUCACUUCAAAUAUGCCUUUGGAAGCAAUGUCAAUCCACAGCCGUAUCUGAAGAAUAGUGUCAUUGCUUACAAUAACUUAACUGAGUGUCCUCCUACCUGCUUGGCUCCCCCACCUGGUCAAAACCUUGCUUCCCAUCUACCACCUGACGAUGCAGAGCAACAAGCAGCCCUCCUUUUGGCCUGUUCUGGGGACACCUCACCAGCAACCCUGCCCCCAGUGAACAUGUAUGAUCUCUUUGAGGCAUUGCAGAUCCACCGGGAAGUGGUCCCUGCCCAUACUGUCUAUGCCCUCAACAUUGAAAGGAUCAUCCUGAAACUCUGGCAUCCAAACCAUGAAGAGCUUCAGCAAGACAAAAUCCAUCGGCAGAGGUUGGCUGCGAAGGAAGGCCUCCUAAUGUGCUAAGACUGUUUCCAGUGCUGACUUUGGGCUGGACUAAUAUAUUUUUAAUGUGCCAGUUGGCAUUUUGACUUUAGAAUCUCAGCAUUUGCAUUAUUUUAUGAGCACUUCCAGGUAGAAGUGUGAACAUGUUUCCCAUGGAAAUAUGACUCAAACUGAAGAGCAUAUAAGCCCUGAUUGCUUAGAAGAUCGACUACUUGCUGGUAACUUUCAACAAACUGAAUAGCAUUAAUUCUGAAAAUCUUUCUGUUCCACUAGAAAAUGGAUAUUGCAGCAAAAACCACAUUUUUGUUUUCAUUCUGUCCUUAAUAUGUCAGAUGAUGCUCUGUCAAUCUGCAGCACAAAGAUGUUCCUACAGUCACCAGAUACUUAGACCAUCAAAGCUACUGCUUUGGGUUGUUUUUACAAACAUACAUUGUAAAUAUACUACACAAAACUUUGUUUUGUUGGUAUUUCUUUUGUAUAACUUGGGUUUAUUACAUAUUGGAGAAGUUGGAGUUCAUUAAAAUAAAUUUUAUUGUAAGACAAUUUUCAUUAUAAAAAUAUUUUUUCUUUAUAAAAACAGCAAUAUUUAAAUCUGUGAAAAGACCUUGAAAUACAUAAUUGUCAUUCUGAUGAUCUUUUUAAGUAUAUUUUGCCUCUGGGAAAGUAAAAGAAUAACCAAGUUGUUUGCUUAGUUAUUCAACAGAAUUCAUAACUCUUUGAAGUGAAAUCUCCUUCACCCUACAUGUUUCACAGCAGAAAUAGAGAAUAAGAGAUUUUUAAAAUAUGUGAUUCUGCAGUACUUUGCAAUGUAUCUAAAUGAGGUAAAGAUUGCCAAACAGAAUGGUGAAAAGUUGCUUAGCCAUAAACGAUAGAUCCACAAAACCCAGAACUAGUUGAAAUUGUACCAUAGGAAGCACAUUUUUUGGGUUCCACCACAAAACCGCGGUAGACAAAAGCGUGCUCGACGAAAGCGCGUACGUGACGUCAUCACA